UAAUCAGUCGUGCACUGCCCAAACCACAAAAUUGCAAUCAAUUAGCGUCAGCUCUAUCCCAACCAACCACCACCAUGGUUACCUUCACGGCGCGCCGGAGCACGCCGGAGCUGGUGACUCCCGCCCGGCCGACGCCCCACGAGCUCAAGACGCUCUCCGACAUCGACGACCAGAAGGCGCUGCGGUACUACCAGCCGUUCGUCGAGUUCUUCCGCCCUCGCCACGGCGCGCCGCCGCAGGCUCCGGCGGCGGCCAUCAGGGCGGCGCUCGCCGAGGCUCUGGUCCACUACUACCCGAUGGCCGGCCGGCUGCGGAAGCUCCCCGGAGGCAAGCUCGCGGUUGAGUGCACCGGGGAAGGGGUGGUGUUCGUCGAGGCGGAGGCGGACGUGCGGCUGGAGGAGCUCGGCGACCCGGUGGCGCCGCCGUUCCCGUGCGGCGAGGAGCUCCUGUGCGAGGUGGACGACACGGAGGACGUGCUCGGGAGGCCGCUCUUCUUCUUGCAGGUUACUCGACUUAAAUGUGGGGGAUUUGUAACCGGCUUCUACACAUGCCACAACAUCGCUGAUGGUUUUGGCAUGAUCCAAUUCAUGAAAGCCAUCGCUGAUCUCGCACACACGGAUAAACUUCCAAUUGUACCACCGGUGUGGGAGAGAGAGAUUCUCAUGGCACGGGCACCUCCCUGCGUCACAUACCUGAACCCAGCAAUCACGUCACUCCUCAGCAACGGACCAGAUGGUGAUGAUUCUAGCAAGGACAUCAUGCUGUCGACACCACCCGAAGCCAUGGUAACCCGGGUCUUCUUCUUCAGCGCAACAGACAUAGCCUCUCUAAGAACCCACGUCCCUCUGCACCUGGCGCAAUCGACAACCACGUUUGAUGUUCUAACAGCAGCGGCAUGGCGGUGCCGCACAUCGGCGAUCGGCUACCAGAAGGGCGAGAGGGUGUACCUGGCAUUUACACUGAACGCGCGUGGGAGGUGCGGCAGCGGCGUGCUGCCCGUACCACGAGGGUACUUUGGCAACGCGCUCUUCUACGCUGUCAUAGAUUGCGCCGUCGAUGAGCUGUGUGGGAAGCCACUCGGGCAUGCCGUUGAGCUCGUGCACAACGCCAAGAUUGGCAUGGCUUCGGAGGAGGAGCACAUGAGGUCGAUGGUUGAUGCCAUGGCGGUGCAGAGAGAGCUGCCCCCUGUCGUCCUGGAGAGGACGUACAUAGUCUCUGACACGAGGUAUCUUGGUGAGGAUGAGCUGGACUUUGGGUGGGCGGAGCGGGUCGGUGGCGGCAUACCCCUGCCCAUGUUGGCGGGAUCAAUCGGGGUAAGUGAAUACACCAAGUGUAAGAACUCCGAUGGCGACUACUCAACCGCAAUGCGGAUGCACUUACCAAGGCCGGCAAUGGAUUACUUUGCAAAGGAAAUGGAUAUGUUAUUGAACAAUUAAUUUUGAAUAGAUCAAAUCUGCAUCUGCUCGCUUGCAUGGUUCAUAUGUACCUCAUGUAAAAUACUAAAUAAGAUUUACGUACUGUAUGUCAAAUUUAGCUUUGAUUGUUUCUUUUUCUCUUAAUAAAGAAGUGACUGUCCAGUUUCCAUAUCGGAUUGUACAAGCUCAAUUGACAUGGGGAUUAGAAGAGACAAAAAGUAAUAUAUAUGAGAACACAAGAGAUUUUACA